GUCUCCUGGCGUGCCGGGAUUUUUCCUGCUCGGGUUCAGCAGGCUCCAAGAUGGAGACCCGAGAAGCUGAGCCGGAAGAGCCAUCCUGGCCAUGUUAAAUAUUAGCAUUCCUGGUGCUUACACAACCCACUAAAACGAUCGCACGGUUACCCACAUGCCUGGAGAGACUGGGACAGAACGAUGCUUGGUGAGAAACAGACCAGUCCCUUGGCAUUACGCACCUUCUCACGGCCUCUGUGUCUCCCAAACAGGGAUCUGAGGGACGCGCCCCGGCUCUCCGCGCAUGGUGUUCUUCCCUCGCCUUUCCUGGAGCCAUGGAGGCCGUUGACGUCCCGGUGGGCAACCUCAUUGACUUUGACUCCGAGCCGUCCAUGACGGACACCUCCGACUCCGCCCCCACGGCUCCUCUUGCCGCCAGCAGCAACGGGUUGCUGGGCCCCCUGAAGGACGGCGGGGCCCCCGUGGCGGAGGAGAGCGAUGCCACGGAGUCCGCCGACAGCGAGAACGACACGACGGACUCGCCCACCCACCACAGCUGGAACAGCCGCCGCCGCUCCUCCUCGGAGUCCUACUCGUCCAACCAGAGCACGGAGUCGGCCAAGGACGAGGCGACGGCGCAGCAGCGCGAGUUCAUCCGGCAGUAUGUGGAGAAGAUCUUCGCCGGCGGAGAGGAAUUCGACCAAGAGGAGAAGGCCAAGUUUGGGGAGCUGUGCAGCGGGGAGAACGCGAAAGGCAGGGAGUGGUUUGCCAGAUACGUGAGCGCGCAGCGCUGCAACUCCAAGUGCGUGUCGGAGCAAACCUUCUACCGCCUGGUGCAGUCCUUCGCGGUGGUCCUGUUCGAGUGUUACCAGAUGGACGAUUUCAGCCCCGCCAAGAACCUGAUGACCAUGUGCUUCACUUUCUACUACAUUGGCAGGCCCCUGGCGCUGCCCUUAGAGGCCAAGGAGAAGGCCACCGGAAGCAUCGACUCCUACCUGAAGUCCGCAAACAGCUGGCUGGCCGAGAAGAAGGACAUUGCCGAACGGCUCCUGAAGAACACCUCCGCGAAGACAGAGAACAUGAAGGGCUUCUUCGGAAGCUUUGAGAGCAAACUGAAGAGUCCCACGGCCAAGAAAAAUGAGGACGCUGAGGACAAGUCAAAACAGAGAAUCCAGAAGUCAGUCUCCUUGUACAGUCCAGAGGAGGAGGAAGAAAAAUCGGGGGAGAAGAUUUAUCUGUAUAUGCACCUGAAACAGCAGCCCAUUUGGCACACCUUGAGGUUUUGGAAUGCCGCGUUCUUCGACGCAGUCCAUUGUGAGCGGCGGAAACGGUCCCCCACCACCAGCGGGAAUACUGGAGAGGAAGAAGAAACAAGGGAAAAAUGGUGCCACAUGACCCAAGAGGAAAGAGACGACAGUCUUCGGUUUAAUGAGAAUAUAACCUUUGGGCAGCUGGGCACUUUCACCCAUAACAUGCUGGCCUUCGGGCUGAACAAGAAGCUUUGCAAUGACUUCUUGAAGAAGCAAGCGGUGAUCGGCAACCUGGACGAAGAGCAGUACAAGCUGCUUAGCACCCACAUUGAGCAGAUGGCUGCUGAGUAGCGCCCGGCCCUCCUGCUGCAACCAGGAAAUCCGGAGAGGAAGCCGGCACAGUGAAAAGUGUACAAAACCCCGCCUGACACUACCUGAAGCCCAGGAGGGGCUUAAAAAGAACUCCCCGCCAGACCCACAGACCCCCGAUCAACCUGCAUGCUCAUCGGAUGACACAGAACUCUGCUGUGCAGCCCGUAGCUACCAGAGCCCCUCCAGCCAAAAGACCCCCACCCUCUUCUGCCCCCCUUGCGCCUUUUCCCACGAACGGACGAGCUGCAGGGACCCUCUGUCUGUUGGGCGGAAACGGAGUCCUCCAGCUGGAAGGAUCCGGAGGGGGCCCGUCUGUCUGUCUCCCCAGGCAUUGCCGCCACACAUUUUUCGCAACAGCUGCCAAGCUCCACAGCCUCAAAGGAGGCGCACCCACAGGAUGCAGGACAGGAGAACGGGGAAGCGCUGCCAGAACGGUUGCCAGCAUUACUCUGGAGAGCCACUGAUGCAGGAGGAAGGAGGGCUUCUGUAGGCGGAAGGACCUGAUGCACAUUUUCCUUGUGGGGAAGGAAAUAUAUUUUGUAGGCUGGCAGGAACGGGGCCGCGGAGCCGGCGUGUCUUUGGAGACUGGCGAGCCAACAGCAGCUGCUGAGGCCCAGCUGCAGAACAUCCCGCAGCCGUUUGGCCGAGUCCUUUCCAUCUGCAGAAGGUUCUGACGCAGCCAGAAAACGCUUGCCUGGUGCUGCUCUCUUGUGUGCUACAGAGAUGGGCUCCGAGAAAGCUCUCAGGAGAGGCGCUUGCCACUUUUGGAAGGGUCCUGUUUUCCCACGUGGUCCGGGGAAGAAAGAUCCUGGAGGAACCCAUGAGAACGUUGUCGCAUCUCGUUUCUCUGCUGCGUGUGCCAAUAGUUUGGAGCUUUUGCAGUGCCCGAGGCAAAAUCUGCAGCGAGUUGCUUGGGCGGUGCAGCUUCUCAAGUUUGGGAAAGACUGGAGCAGCAGUCUGUCGUCCUGGUGCUGUCACCGAAAUGUGCUUUGGCUUGUGCCAGCUGGAGAAGGUUGCUCUGUGUGUUCUCCUGUGCAGAAGUUCACGUAGCCAUUAAAACGAAAGCAAAACCCCUCUGGCCAUGUCUUUGGACGAGUCUGACCGACAGGGUGGCGCUAUUCUCCUUGCCUCCUGCCACAACACCCCUUGCAAAGGUGCUCCAGGGCACUGCAUCCUUAAUGCUCGUCUGAGGACUCGGUGAUGUGCUGAGUGUAUUUUUAUUUAUUUAUUUGAAGCAUUUAUUUGCCGUCCUUUACAACAACAUCUCAGGACGGCUUGCAACAAUAAAAGCUAAGAACGAUAAAAACAAUCGAUAGAUAGUAACAAUAAAUAGGAAUAAUAAAUAGUAAGGCAAAAUACAAUCAGAUAAAAUUAAAUAAAAAAAAAGCAACUGUUAACUUUUAAAUCCACUAAUUCUAAAACAGCGUUCAAAUAAAAAGGUUUUCACCUGGCGCUGAGAAGAAAAGCUCAGUGCCAGGUGAACCUCUCUGGGAGCGCAUUCUUCUGACACACUGGAAGAUCCAGCAGGAGACGCCGAGGCCCUGAAGGGCUUGGGCAGAGACCCCAAACUUACAGGGGCGCCUCACCCUGCGGAAGCAUGGCUUGGUUGACUGAAGCCGGUUUCUGGUCCAGUGCAGGGAUCAUUCAGCCCGCAUCUUGCUUGCUUGCUUGCAGCACCUCUGGCAGCUUUGCCCCAGCCUCUUGCCCGCCAGAUGUGUGGAAGAGUGGGCCAGCACAUCUGGAAGGCCUGAGGCUAGCUAGACUGCACCUUCUGUCUGCUUGCAGGCCGUUUCAUGCCCCUGCAGUUUUCUCUGUGGCCAGUAGAGGGCGCCAAGAGAGCAGGUUUGGGGAGCAGGUGACCUCUAUCUUUGCAGGUGAAGGAUUCGCAGGUGCUUCAUUCUUGCUCUGUUUGGAGCCCAACCCCCCUCCCUGCCCCCCCCCCCGGGCUGGGAAGGCGCCCCACGUGAGCUGCCCUUGUUAGCAAGGGCCGCUGCAAGGAAAACUCGGGCAUCUGCAUAUGGCUUGGAGGGCUGCGCAGAUGCAGUGCUGUUCAAGGCACCAGCUGCCCCAUAUUUGACCAAGGAAGCGAAAUCUUGCUCUCGGAAACAUGCAGGGUCCUUUCUGGAUCUUCUUCCCUUGAGAAGCCACUGGGGGAGAGAAUGAGAGGAGCUGCAAAGUCGGCAAUCCCAAGGGCGACCUGAGCAACUGCAGCGCUGCAUUUCGGCUGCCCUCCCAAGUUCCAGUGUGUGGCCUGGAAGCCAGCUGCUGUGAGCCAAGCCCGUGCCCUGCAGCUCAGCGGCCAGCCAGGCAUCCACUAGCCUGGUCCCCCCCCCCCCCCCCCCCCCGCCCUUCCACGCUUCCCAAGGGGCCUUUCUCUGGCCAGAUUUCUUGCUUCCCGAGGCCACUGCAGAGCCAGUUCGACUUGGGGUGGGGUGAAGGGAGAAGGAAGGAGGAUUGCAAGGUUUCCUCCCCUCCCCCCACCCCCAAAUCCUCUCUAAAGGGUUAAGGGAUGUCAGAGGAAGGGGAGCAGCCCAUAGGGGGCUGGAUCUGCAGUUUACUGAACAGCGGUCCCCAGCUUGGCACACUCCAGAGGGGCUGGACUACCAUUCCUAUCGGCUCCAGCUAGCACAGUUUCUGGGGAGGCAGGGGGAAGCUGUUGGCCGUGUUGCCUGGGAAAGUUGUGAGUUGUCGUCAGGCCCAUCUGCAGGGUUGCAGAAGGCCACAAAGGUCGCCCUUGUGCCGCUGAUGUCCUUUUAUUUAAAAAAAACCCUCUCUCGACCCGUCAGAGGCAGAAUGGGCAAGAGGGCGGUGACCGUCUACUGAAUCUGAAGCGGCUGCCUGGCUCCCCUGCACCACGUCCCUGCGCAGCGCUGCCGGUGCGUACCCCCGCGAUGCACACUCUUUGGCUAGCUGCUGCUUUUGCCGUUUCCUGGAAACUCUCCAGACCUCCUUGCAGUCUCGAAAAGAAGGGAAUGUUUGGCAAUAAUGACUCGCAUGCUCUGGGGCGUCUUUCCCGCCGUCUCUGACUUGUGACCACUUGUGCUCUAACGGGCAUUUUGGAUUGGAACAAGGCUCGCGGUCUCGGUUGUCGGGGCACAUGAAAGAAAGAGUCGGCUUCCUUCGCAGCUGCAAUAAGUCCGUGUAUUUAGCCCUGACUUUGUGACACUAGAAAUCAGCUUUCCACAAUCUUGCAUUAUUUGGCCAUAUCUUGAUAUAGCCAAUGCUGGGCGAUGUCGUGUCUGUUACUGUGCUCUGCCUCCGCAUCAGUUUUGGUUCUGUUAAAACUUUGUUCAGCAUGCAGAUGUGAAAGCUUGGGGAAAAACCUAGAGAGAUUCCCAUAAACAGUUGCGGGGAAAACUGUUUUCCCAGUUUUCCAAAAAUUAUGGGAUCUUUUUUCCUAUUUUUGAAGUUAUUCCCACUUUUUAAAAAAUUUUCUCAGUCCUUCAUAUCUCCAGAUUUAAGCUGAAAUAUACAUAUUUGGUUUAGACUGUGUAUUCCAAUUGCACAUCAUUUAUUUCUGCCUAAAGUAGGGACCACUCUUGACUUUUUAAGGUCGCUGUUCCAUUUUUGCCAUGGUGAAGAGGUAACACAAAUCUUCCACGACAGCUUUGCAUCAAUUUUGCGCACUGUUGCAAGCGUUCAAGAAGUGUGUUCCCACAGAAACCUCUGGACUGCCUUUUGAUUUGUGCGGUUGCCUUGCAGUGGGCACAAUGCCGUAAUUCCCACCACUGGGUAGGGUGGGAAUCCAUCCUUUUGGACAAUGGCCAUCCAUCUCAAGCUGCUUUCUCCCGCUUUCUCCACUGACUCCUGAAGGCCUUGGCAAACUCAAGGCAUGUUGUGCGAAACAUUUGCUGAACAAUUAUCCGUCCGGUGAAGUUUAGCAGGGCUGUAUUAAUCUCCUUCUAUGCAUAUUGUCAAGUGGCUUUUUCUACCUUAACCUCUCCAGGGCUCUUGUAAAAAUCGCAAAUGUGAAUCUUGAUCUCCUAAUUACGCUGUUGAACCUCCGUGGGGGUGGGGUGUUUGACGAAUGUGAGCCCCGUGUGACGAAGAAAAGCCAUUUCCGUUCUGAGGGGGAUGCUUAAAUAUGCAAAGAUCUGCAUGAGGCUGGGUGUUACUUGGUCCCUCUUCAAGGAGACUAAACUGGAAGACUGGCUUUUAUUUGGGAUUGCGGGGCACUGACUAACAUGGAAUUUUUCUUUGUGCUUCCAAUGAGAAGCCAUUCUGUUGUCUGGAAAUGCAACUGGGACACCUGCAUAGCCAAUCCUUUGUCCUCCCACUGUUGAGUUUUCAUCAUGUGCGACUUAAUGAACCUGCCUUAUCUUUUUCGUGCCUCUUCCCCCUCCCUCUGGGUCUCUUCUGACACUAGAAAUACCGAGUUGUGAAGAACCUUUCCUUUCUUCCGGAAAUAUCUCUGGAUUCCCAUAUGAUGCUGUUGUAAGCCAAAUGGUUCCAGUGUAUUCUCUCGUAUAACAGCUAACUGGGUUUCAUGGCAUUUCAAACUGCUCUAUUUCUGUUUAUAUAACGAGCUAUCUUUUCCCACAUUCUGUUCUUUUGGAUGUGAUGUGCUGCGACCCUCUGAUAUUUUGGGUGUGAUUGUGUGACUGCUGUGUUGUACCGAGACAGCUCAGCUUUCGUAUCUUUUGUGGAAUAUUGUUGUUUUUAACUCAUGUAUUCGAGAGCAUUUCAAGACCUGAUUUAUGAACGGAUGGGGGAAACGGAAAUAAAACGUUGUUUGUAACCCGAAGCAAA